AUGUUUCAAUACUUCUGCGACCUUGUGUUCGGCAUCCUAUUAGAGAUCUUGAGCCAGUAUGGAUCAGGCGAGGAACUUAUGGAGCCAUGGCAAAAUUUUCUACCUUUGACGAUCCUUCGAAACGUGGGAGACUUAACUGUCAGGGAGGCGGCACUGAUCAUGAGGCAACAGCGAACUAUUGCUCGCAUAUCCCGGAAGUCGAACCUUUUAGACAAGAAGUCAUAUAUGAAGCUGAAGCGCUUAGUUGAGGAUAGACUGGCCGAAAGACUAUCUGAAAUGCACAGAAAUUUCAUCGAUUUUGUGCUAUCUUUCGAGAAUUUUGCUCCAUUGAAGCUAGAGAUGAAAAAUAUGGGAGAAGAAAUUCAAGCAAUAACUCAUAGUGGAAAUUCGCCGGUUCGCGGGCGAGACGAGAGCUUUCACUUGAACCCCUGUAUGAUUUAUCGUAGAAGCUUUCUUGAGAAGGCGUUAAUGAGAGCAGCGGAAGCCUCGUAG